AUGAUACAUGAAUCAUCACCUUUUAAAGGCAGAAUAUUCGUUUUUCUGCUUACAUUAUGUUUACUCCUCCUAGUUACUGCUCCUGUACAUGCCAAUACAAAUGUAGAAGAAAAGCGAAAGGAAAAGUGCGGUACUUCGACAGAUUGUGUACAUGUGAGAGCAUCAAAGGCGCAGCUGCUGGUAGAUGAUUUGUGGUUGGAUAAGGACACUCCAGAUACUGUACUUGGACGUCUUCCACCUUGGUUUGGACCUAAGCGUCCCUGUGCUUUGCUGUCAAACCAGAAAAAACUAGAUGCAUCACAGACACUUUCAAGUCAAGGAGUUGAUAUUGGUGCUCUUUUAGACAUGGUAUCAGAAACGGAAUUAUCAAAAGAGAGUCAUGACCUGUGA